UUACAAAAGCAACCAAACGAAGAGCAGAACUCCGACACAGUUUCCACUCCACUCCAACGCAGUUCACUUUGUUACUCGCCAGAACUCAAAAGGAAGACCGACGACGAAGAGCAACCAAACGAAGAACGGGCAACGCAACACCACCGACGAGGAAGACCUUCAGCAAACAUCCACAUUGAGAAUCGGAAUUGAGAAUUCCUUUGUUUGAUUUCUUCUCAUUUUUCCCAAGAAGAGAAUUCAGAGGUUGGGUUCGGAGAUCUAUCUAGGGUUUCUUCUUCCUUGCUUUUUGUGCAGUCUUUGAUCGCAGAUGGAGGCCCUUUACUCAAAGCUCUACGACAAGUACACCAAACUCAAGACUGAAAAAGGGUCUAAAAUAGACGAGUUCAACCGCGAGCAGGAAGCCAAAUUUAUGAACUAUGUCUCUGCUGCGGAGGAAUUGAUAGAGCACUUAAGAAAUGAAAAUGGCAGGUUACAUGGACAAAUCAAUGACUUGAGAAGUGAAGUGGCUUCAAUCAGAUAUACAAAGGACAAUCAACUUGCUGAGUAUCAAAAGCUUUUAAUGGAAGAGAGCCAGAAGAGUACAAAGCUUUUAGAAGAAAUUGAGGGGCUUAAGAACCUGCAACUUGAGGGACUUUGUUGCAGUGCAAGGGAAGACAAAAUCGAAAAUGAACAACUGCAUAUGUCUGGAAGCUUGCAAAUUGGAUCAGACAUACUUAAUGACUUCGAUGUGAAUGUCACAAGAAAACGCAGCAGAGAUGAUGGGACUACUGCAGAAGUUAUGAUGACUCCGUGUACCAGUGAUCCACUUGAGUGUGCCCUGGUAAGCAAAUCUGCGAGUGAUAUAUUCACACAAAUUGUGUCAAGUGGAACUGGUUUGAAUAUUGUUCAGCCGGAGUGUUGUAGAAGAAAGAUUGAUCUCUCAGAAUGUUUAGGUGGCAUAAAUCUCACUGGUGAUGCAAACUGCAUGUUUCAAGAUCUUCUUGAGUGGUCACUUGGUAUGAAAUUAUCGACUGCUACGCAAACUGAAGGAAAAUGCAUCUCAGCACUUCAUCAAUCAAGUGGUUACUCAUUCAGUCUGACAAGGGUAAAUAAAGGAGGUACAGAGGAAGAAGUGGAAUUGGUGUAUAGUGUGUUGUCGUUGGGUGCAUUUGAGAGAGUGGCACCAGAGUGGAUGAGAGAAGUCAUAAUGUUCAGUGUGAAGAUGUGCCCUAUCUUCUUUGAGAGGGUAUCCCGGGUUAUCAAGCUCAGUGGCGGACUUGCAUAGGGACGGCCCCUCCCAAGUUUUUUUUAAGAAAAAAUUAGAUUUUUCUCGAGUUCAGGGCACAAAAAAGGUUGAAUUUCUCUUGAGUUCAAAUAUGAAAUUGAGAUUCUCUAUAUUUCAUGAAUAUUUGUAAAAUGUGUAGAGGGAUAUAGCCUUUUAAUUUUAUGAAACCUUGAAGUGUUGACACCUAGUUCAUUUGGAUUGAGGGUUACUAAUUAAAACAGUUAGAUAAAACAAGAGAUUGUUUAGCUUAGUUGUCAUGUAAGCGUGAUUUGGUUUCAUCUACACCUUGACUUCAUAUAAUAGAGUGAUUUGGUUUCAUAUA